AUGUGCGGAGGCUGCAACGGAGGCGCCGACGCCAAUGGCAGUGCCGCCAAUGGCACAAAUGGCAGCAGCCAGCACCGCUCAGCCAGCUCUCCCUACCAGUCCGUCCAGGACUACCUCUCCAAUGUCGCCAACUUUAAGAUUAUCGAGUCCACCCUGCGUGAGGGUGAGCAGUUUGCCAACGCCUUCUUCGACACCGAGACCAAGGUCAAGAUUGCCAAGGCUCUCGACUCUUUCGGCGUCGACUUUAUCGAGCUGACUUCGCCUGUCGCCUCGGAGCAGGCCUUCAAUGACUGCAAGCUCAUCUGCAGCCUCGGCCUCAAUGCCAAGAUUCUUACCCAUGUUCGCUGCAACAUGGAGGACGCCAAGGCUGCGGUAGCCACUGGUGUCGACGGUGUCGAUCUCGUCAUUGGUACCUCUAGCUUCCUCCGCGAGUUUUCCCACGGCAAGAGCAUGGCCUACAUUCAGAAGACUGCCCUCGAAGUUAUCGCGUACCUCAAGGGUGAGGGUGUCCAGGUCCGAUUCUCAUCCGAGGACUCUUUCCGCUCCGACCUCGUCGAUCUACUGUCCCUGUACAAGGCCGUUGAUGCCGCUGGCGUAAAUCGCGUUGGUAUCGCCGACACGGUUGGCGGAGCCACCCCCAGAAUGGUGUACGAUCUCGUGCGUACCCUGCGCGGUGUCGUGCACUGCGAUAUCGAGACUCACUUCCACGACGAUACCGGAUGUGCCGUUGCCAACGCCCACGCCGCCCUCGAGGCCGGUGCCACCCACAUUGAUACCUCAGUUCUCGGAAUUGGUGAGCGCAACGGCAUCACCCCCCUUGGUGCUCUCAUGGCCCGCAUGGUUGUCAGCGCCCCAGAAUACGUCAAGUCCAAGUAUAAGCUCAAGGAGCUCAAGUCUCUUGAGACACUGGUUGCCGACGCUGUGCAAAUUAACAUUCCCUUCAACAACCCUAUUACUGGUUUCUGCGCCUUUACUCACAAGGCUGGCAUCCACGCCAAGGCCAUUCUCAACAACCCGUCGACAUAUGAAAUCAUCAACCCCGAAGACUUUGGUCUUACCCGCUACGUCUCGAUCAACAGCCCGAUUACCGGCUGGAAUGCCGUCAAGUCCCGUGUUGAGCAGCUCGGCCUCAAGAUGUCGGACGACCAAGUCAAGGAAGUGUACGUGUUUGUGUGUCGCUUGCCGCGUAGAGGAGAGACUGACAGAUUUCACAGCACCGCCAAGAUUAAGCAGCUUGCGAGCGUGAGACGGAUUGCCAUUGAUGACACGGAUUCCAUCCUGCAUUCAUUCCACGCCGAGUUCGUCGAGGGCCGCGGAACCUACUAG